CUGAGGGCGUCCCAGCUCCCGUCGGGAAUUCUGGGAAGUGUAGUCCCCGACUACGGUGUGGACCGAGUCACUUCCGCCCCAGGUGUUUGAGGCCGCUGCCUGUGCUCCUCUCUGAAAGGUCUCUGCCUUUUUCUAGAAAAGGAAAGAGAAAAUGACUGAAUUGCAGGAGAUGGUGACAUUCAGGGAUGUGGCCGUGAUCUUCAGCGAGGAGGAGCUGGGGCUUCUGGGCACUGCACAAAGGAAGCUGUACCGGGAUGUGAUGCUGGAGAACUUCAGAAUGCUGCUCUCAGUGGCCCAUCAGCCCUCCAAGCCAGACUUGAUAGCCCAGUUGGAGAGAGAAGAAAAGCUUUUCACUAUGGAGACGGAAACCCAAAGAGCUGGGUUUUCAGGAAGCAAGGAUGAAUAUACUAUGGAGAAUAUUCAAGAUGUGGGAUUAAGCUCCCUUUGUCCCAAAAUGCUUUCCUUGCAUCAGACCUGGCAGCGAGGUGCAGGCAUACUAACGAGGUGUCAAGAUUCCACAGAAAGCUUUCAAGAGAAGAAUAUUGAGUUGCAAAACCAAGGUGUUUCUCCUUGUCAGCUUUGGGCAGGAAUACCAAUUCAGAUUUCUGAAGAUGGGAAUUAUGUGUUGCCUCCAAUAGAUGAUGAUUCUGGAUAUACAAAAAAACAAGAGUUCCCAUCUCUGAGAGUCCAGCAGUCUUGGAGGAAAUCGUAUCUCACAGAGUCACGUAAUUGCCAGUGUAAAGGUCAGCAAAUGUCCAUGAGAAAUAAUUUCUGUGGGUGUGACAGUAUCAACUGGCUCUCAUACCACAGUGACCAUGUGGGAUUACACAGAAAGGGAGGAAGCUGUGAUCUCCAUGACUACAGAGAAGAUACUGUGAAGGUGGAGUCACUUAAUCGGGGUUUGACUGAGACAAGGCCGAAGCCCUGUCCAUGUACUGAGCAUAGAAAGGCUGUGGGGGACGGCGGCAGCAACACCUACAGCGCUGACACUCAUCUGCAGUUCUGCUCACUCAGUCCAUGUGGAAAGGGCUGGAGUGAGAGACUAUCUCUUCAUAGUCAUCAAAGUGUUCAGAGAGGAGAUGAAGGUGAUGAGGGUCCACCUCUGCAGUCCCCCCAGAGAGCAUGUAUGAGGGAGACACCAUGCCAGUGUGGUGAGAACUUCCAUCAGCAUGCCCCUUCUAACACUUAUGGACAUACUCACCAAGGGGAAGCACCCCAGAGCUGCAGCCUUUAUGAGAAAACCUUCAAUUGUACCUUAGACCUUAGUAGUGAUUUUAGGGUUUACAUUAGAGAGGAUCCCUAUAAAUAUGAGAAUGGUUUUAAUCAGAAUUUACAUAACCAAGUUCAUCAUAAAAUCUAUGCUGAAGAGAAUCUUUACACAAGUGUCGAUUGUGGGAAGGAUUUCACAUGUCGCUCAAAUCUUAACAUUCAGCAUAAAAUUCAUGUGGAAAAGAAUCUAUAUAACUCUGAAGAGUGUGAUCAUUUCAGUCUACCCUCACGUUUUCAGGACUUUCCAAUAGUCCACUCCAGGGAACAACCACAUAAACAUUAUAUAUGCAGUAACAGCUUCAGUCAAAAUUCACACAUUCAAGAACAUCAGAAGACUCACACUGGAGAAAAACCUUACAAAGAGGGUGGAAACAGCUGUAAUUGGAGUUCAAACCUCAAAGAUCAUCAGAGAGGCCUCAUUGGACAGAAGCCAUAUAAAUGCAAUGCCUGUGGGAAAGGCUUCAGUCAUAGAUCAGUUCUUAAUGUUCAUCAGAGAGUCCACACUGGAGAGAAACCAUAUAAAUGUGAGGAGUGUGAAAAGGGAUUCAGUCGGAGCUCCUACCUUCAAGCACACCAGAGAGUUCACACUGGAGAAAAACCAUACAAGUGUGAGGAGUGUGGGAAAGGCUUCAGUCGAAAUUCCUACCUUCAAGGCCACCAGAAAGUUCACACUGGAGAGAAACCAUACAAGUGUGAGAAAUGUGGGAAAGGCUUCAGUCGGAGUUCCCACCUUCAAGGCCACCAGAGAGUCCACACUGGAGAAAAACCAUACAAGUGUGAGGAGUGUGGGAAGGGCUUCAGCUGGAGCUUUAAUCUUCAAAUUCAUCAGCGGGUUCACACAGGGGAAAAACCCUAUAAAUGUGGAGAAUGUGGUAAAGGCUUCAGUAAAGCUUCAACUCUUCUGGCCCAUGAAAGAGUCCACACAGGAGAGAAGCCUUACCAGUGUGAUGAGUGUGGUAAGAGCUUCAGUCAGAAAUCAUACCUUCAAAGCCAUCAGAGUGUCCACUCUGGAGAGAGACCAUAUAUAUGUGAAGUAUGUGGUAAAGGCUUCAGUCAGAGAGCAUAUCUACAGGGUCACCAGAGAGUCCACACAAGAGUAAAACCAUAUAAAUGUGAAAUGUGUGGGAAAGGCUUCAGUCAGAGUUCACGCCUUGAAGCACAUCGGAGAGUCCACACAGGGGGGAAGCCAUACAAAUGUGAGAUGUGCACAAAGGGUUUUAGUGAGAGUUCCCGCCUCCAGGCACAUCAGAGGAUCCACACAGAAGGGAGACCCUAUAAAUGUGAACAGUGUGGUAAGGGUUUCAGUGGGUAUUCCAGUCUUCAGGCCCAUCACAGAGUCCACACUGGGGAGAAACCCUAUAAAUGUGAGGCAUGUGGAAAGGGCUUCAGUCAGAGAUCGAAUCUUCAAGCUCAUCAGCGAGUCCACACGGGAGAGAAACCAUACACAUGUGAUGCAUGUGGUAAGGGAUUUCGCUGGAGCUCAGGCCUUCUGAUUCAUCAAAGAGUUCAUAGUGGUGAGAAGUUCUACAGAAAUGAAGAAUAUAGUAAUGGUUACACUUCCUCAAAGAACCUACACAGAAAUGAAGGUCUAUAAAAUUGUGUUCUGUUUUGUUUUGAAGUCCUCAAGUGGGAACUGAAAACUUCCAGUCAUUGGGGUUCUUUAGUAGGAAAAAGAUUUAAUGGAAAUAUGUUUGGACCCAGCUUGAACAUUGAUGAUGUAGGAAAGCACACAGUGUAGAGCUCUAAUGAGAGGGUUUCGCAGUAAGUUUGUCAAAACGUCAACAAGCCAUUGCAUAGGCUCAAGGGCAUACUAAUUUAAGAAAAAUAUGAUAACAUGGCCAGUUUUGUGUCCACCAGCAUAUAAGCCUGAUGAUAGAAGAGACUAUGUCCAUUGCUAAGUCUAUAAAACUGUGGCAUUUCAUAAUUCAAAAUAAUCACUCAGUGCUUUUUGCUAAAUGAGUCAAAGUAUGUAAAGGUAUAAUGUUUGAAAAUUUUAUUAAGCUUAUUUUGAAUUCAGAAGAAUCUUGCAAAUGAUCUUAAUAUUAUUGGGAGCAAAUAAAUCUUACUUGAAACAUAAAACAUCAAGCAAUAUUGCCAUCUAAAACAACAUCAAUUUACUUGUAACCCUAUUGGAACUGGUUCCUGACCUUUGUUGUGUCUUAAGUAAGGAGGUGUUGGAUCUCUUAAGCAAUUAGUCGCCUUCUAUGCAAUAUACUGUUAAGUUUGGCUGUGUAUGGGGUGUGUGACCCAUGUGUGCACUUUAAAUGACACUAUGGACUGAUAAGCCACAUUUCAAGUUUACUGAACAAAAAUGGAAUGCCACAUUUGACAUAAUUGAAUUUUUACUUCUGCCUGAGUGUUAAAGCAGAGUUUCACUGUGACACUUAGAAAGUAUAGGAAGAGAUUAUGGGUGACAACUGUACUUUUAUUUUUUUGAGACAGACUACUCCCUGUAGUCCCAGCUGGCCUGGAACUAUGUAGACUGGGCUGUCCUUGAACUCAGAGAUCUGCCUGCCUCUGCCUCUCGAAUGCUAGGAUUAAAGGUGUGUGCCACCAUGCCUGGCCGACGAAUGUGCUUUUAGUAAAUGUCAAAGUAACAAGGCUUGAUUUUUAUUUUUACACUCCAUAGUUCCAAUUAAGUCCAUGUGAUCUGACUGAUAAUUAAGUAUGGUCUUUGUCUAAUUGGCAAAGUGAGUGACAGGUUUGAAGGACUGUUCUCACUCCAGACACUUUCCCCACCCACACACACAAAGGGAACAGUCUUAGGACCUCACCCCCAGAUGGCUGGUUAAAGAAACAGUAUCAACAGAGACCCAAGGAGGGUCUCUCUCUUUCUCUCUUUAAGAUUUAGUUUGAUUAUGUGAUGUGUGUAAGUCUGGGUCUGGGUUUGUGCAUGUGGGUGCAGGUGCCCAAGGAUGCUGGAAGAGGCCAGAACAGUAUCAGAUCUCCAGGAGCUGGAGUUACAGGUGGUUGUGAGCUACCCGAUGUGGGUACUGGGAACUGAACUCUGCUCCUCUGCAAGAGCAGUAUGAAUGCUUAACUGCCGAGCCAUCUCUCCAGUCCUUCAUGCAUUUCGUUAUUAGCCACCACUUCCAAGAGAUCUUGCAAGCUUCAUGAUAGUUUUGGCAGUAAAAUGGAGCUAGAGAAAUCACUCACACAAAAGCAGACAAAAGAAUUGGGCAAGGAAAGCAUGGCACAAUAAAAUAGCAAGAUGUGGUCUCAGGUCAGGUGAUAUGAAUAAGUACACUAAACGUUAACGGUAUAGCCAUGCCCUUUAAAACAGAGAUUGUUGGACUGGAUAAAAUGUAAAGCCUGGGGCUGGAGAGAUGGCUCAGUGGUUAAGAGCACUGACUGCUCUUGGAGAG